AGCUCAAGCCCCCUCAGUCCGGAAGAUAUUGUGUUGUAUUGCUCCUGACCUCCUUCUAACCCUUUCACAAAAUUGCCUAUCCAGCCACCCAGAAAAAGAGAGUCAAGGACAAAUAUGAGCACCUCAGUAACUUCUGCCAAAGUGGCUGUGAACGGUGUCCACUUGCAUUAUCAGCGGACUGGAGAGGGAGAGCAUGCGGUCCUGCUGCUUCCUGGAAUGUUGGGAAGUGGAGAGACUGAUUUUGGACCUCAGAUUAAGAACCUCAAUAAAAAGCUCUUCACAGUGGUUGCCUGGGAUCCUCGAGGAUAUGGACAUUCCAGACCCCCAGAUCGAGAUUUCCCAUUAGACUUUUUUGAAAGGGAUGCAAAAGAUGCAGUUGAUUUGAUGAAGACACUGAAGUUUAAGAAGGUGUCCUUGUUGGGGUGGAGCGAUGGUGGUAUUACAGCACUCAUAGCAGCUGCAAGAUAUCCAUCUUACAUCAAUAAGAUGGUGAUCUGGGGAGCCAAUGCCUACGUGACUGAGGAAGAUGAAACCAUUUAUCAGGGUAUCAGAGAUGUUUCUAAAUGGAGUGAGAGAACAAGAAAACCUCUAGAAACCUUAUAUGGGUAUGACUACUUUAGCAAAACCUGUGAGAAGUGGGUGGAUGGCAUAAAACAAUUUAAACAUCUUUCAGAUGGGAAUAUCUGUCGGCACUUGCUGCCCCUGGUUCAGUGCCCCACCUUAAUCGUGCAUGGGGAGAAGGAUCCUCUGGUCCCACGUUUCCAUGCCGACUUCAUACACAAACAUGUGAGAGGGUCACGGUUGCAUUUGAUGCCAGAAGGCAAACACAACCUGCAUCUACGUUUUGCAAAUGAAUUCAAUAAGUUAGCAGAAGACUUCUUACAAUAAGAAUGCCCACUGCUGGGAGCUGGGCAUUCCUUAGUGUGGGGCUUCAGCCUGUUGCCACCUGUGAAACACACCCGUCACACCUCACCUGCCUCCCAUGCUUUCUACUCCCUGCAAAGUACUCUCAGACAUACACAAAUAAUGACCUAUUAAAACGUCUUCUAGGGGCAUCUGGGUGGUUCAGUGGAUUAAGUGUCUGCUUCUGGAUUUCAGCUCAGGUCACGAUCUUGUGG